UCUCGGAAGUUGUUCUUGUGACCGUCCUCAGGGCAGACAUUUCGGCCCAUGUAGACGACAAUUUUGGAAGAAUUUGUGCAAAACUUUAAACAACCCGUGCCUGUCACCAUCAUUUCUUUCCAUAAUCUCGUGUAUCAGCACAAUCAUGUGGUAUGAAAUAUUGCCCGGUUUCGCUAUUAUGACGGUGUGUCUGAUCAUUCCUGGUGUCGCGACUGCUCAAAUACACAAGCUCACAAACAAUGGGAAGGAAAAGAGGAUUGCAAGGGUCCCUUAUCACUGGUAUUUGAUGGAGAGAGAUAAGAGAGUGUCUGGGGCUGGCGUACAUUACCAAUCCAAGGGACUUGAAAACAUCAAUUGAAGAUCCAUCCAGUUCCCUCUGCAAACUUUAUUCGCAAUGUACAUUUUAUUCAGCUGUCUAUUAAAAUGUCUUUAAAUGGUA